AUGGAGAAAUUUAACAGGGGUAACAGCUCCACAGAGGAUGUUUCUGGUAAAAGUCAAACCUUCAAAGUCCCCGGACAACCUGGAGUACACGCAAGGAGAGCAGCACUUGAGAAAUUUGGAAGUCAAGGAAAUGCAACUUCUUCUUCAGGACCCAGUACCUCAGGACCCCGUACCUUUCACAAACCUGUUCAUCCUAAGCCUCCUCUAGGGGUCAAGCCUUCAACUGAUGAUAAAACUGAGAAGGAUUCAAAGCCCCAAUAUUUGAAACCAGUGGCACAAAAGUUUGGGGUUCAGCUUCAGACAACUAACAGAGGAAAUGAUGGAAAAGCUGAAUGCACUAAACCCUCUACCAAAAACACUGAUUUGGCAAAGGACGAGCCAAAGCCUCUGUAUCCAAAACCUGCAGGGAACAAGUUCCUUAGCUCUGCUCCUCAUGAGAUAGAAAAAAAUCCUCUGGGAACAAAACCAAAUUCAAAUUUUGCACCACAGGAGAGUGAGGCAAAACCAGCAUUUUCAAAAGUAACUGCAGUUAAGGAAAAGUUCAUGUCUGCAACACAAGAAACUGAGCCCAAGUUUCCUUUCUCUAAACCAUCUCUUGCAAAGAAACAUUCUGUAAACCAAGAAGUCUCCCACAGCAAAGACACUUCUAAUAAAAAUAGUUUUUUGCAAAAAGGACUAUCAGACGUUAGAGCAAGUACACUCGCAUUUAGCACAGCAAAGGAAAUGGAUGAAAAUAGUAACCGUGCUACAGAAGCUGCAGGCAGUCAUUUUUCUAACGUGGUUCUGAAGCCCACUGGCCAAUGGUCCAGCUCCUCUCAAGGCAUCCCCAAAAAAGUGGAGGAAAAAACUGCCGAAAAGGGAAUGAGUGCUGCCAGGAACAUCUUUGUCAACAAAAUCACCCAGGAAGAAUUGGGUUCUUCUUCUAAGUUCCAGAAGUCAAACACAGCACUUGAUGCAGGAAGGCCAUCAGGUGGAUCACAAGAGAAAGACGAUGGGGAUAGGAGCUCAGGAGUCCCCAAGCGAAAAGCCUUGCCCCUGCUGUUCAAGCUGGGCCAGCCACCACAGAAGCCCAGCCGACCCCCCAGUGUGGACCUGGAAAGGUUCCGGAAGAGCAGCCCAAAAGACA